GUAACUGCACCACGACUCUCAGAGCAAUUCCGGUGAAUCCGGGGUUGGAGUACCCACCUAGUUGGAGUGAUCUGCGGCGGAGAAUCCGAGCCUACUGAGUGAGAGCGGUCCUGGAACGAGGUUUACAGUCCCUGUCCUGUCGAUGACUGUCCACAACCUAUAUCUAUUUGACCGGAAUGGAAUGUGUCUGCACUACAGCGAGUGGCACCGCAAGAAGCAAGCGGGGAUCCCCAAGGAGGAGGAGUACAAGCUGAUGUACGGGAUGCUAUUCUCUAUCCGUUCGUUUGUCAGCAAGAUGUCCCCGCUAGACAUGAAGGACGGCUUCCUGGCCUUCCAAACUAGCCGUUACAAACUCCAUUACUACGAGACGCCCACUGGGAUCAAGGUUGUCAUGAAUACUGACUUAGGCGUGGGAUCCAUUCGAGAUGUGCUGCACCACAUCUACAGCGCGCUGUACGUGGAGCUGGUGGUGAAGAAUCCCCUAUGCCCACUGGGCCAAACUGUGCAAAGUGAACUUUUCCGCUCCCGGCUGGACUCUUAUGUCCGCUCUCUGCCGUUCUUCUCUGCCCGAGCGGGUUGAAGCGAGCUACUUAAUUCUUCAGGAGAAUCUGAACUGCCUGGGGCCCUUCCUAACUUGUGGCCCCCGCUGUAAGCCCCUCCGUCUACCCUCCUCGAAAGCAAAAGCCCGUCCUCCAUCCCGUCCCCUCCUCUUCACAAUGGAGUCCCUAUAUCUCCAACCCGUCCUUGCUGUCCUCUUUCCAGUUUUUAACCCUUAUAUGACUCCACGAGAAGCCCAGAAUAAACUUUUUGUCACCUUCUGCA